CAGAGACCUGCUUGUGAGCUAUUCAGACGCAUGAAAUAUUAAAAGCGUGGAGUUUCCGUUUCACAGACGGGGGAGAGAGAAGAAAAGCAGGCAAGCGGGCAAGAGAAGGAUAAAGAAAAGUCCCAGAGCAGUUGGAUUAGGAGGAAAAAACACAUCAGUAACCCUGGGAGGGAGACGAAGACGGAUGGAGGGAGAGAGCACCGAAAGUGGGACGACUUCUACCCAGGCAGAAACGUUGGACUGUAACCAGGAGCAUGAUGAUCCCCAAAGCCCCCAGAAACCAGAGGAGGAAAACAGGGACGAACGUGGAGCCUGUGAUGAAGAGAAGGCUGGAGAAGAUCUGUGUGUCGGUGCAGAGACUUCUCAGCAGGAGGAGGUGAUGACCACACACACACAGGACGAUGAGAACGGCCUCCCGCGGUCUAACCUGUCAACAGAGGAGAAGACGGCCGAUGCAUCAGUGCCGCCUACUCCAUCCAUCACAAAGAAUCCACCACCCGGACCGUGUUGGUACUGUCUCAGGUCUCUGGACUCAGAGUUCCGUCCCCAAACCAGCGAAAAGGAGGACUCUGACUCUGAUCCAUCACUGACAGUUAGUGGCCAGAAAGUGACCUACCAAACAGACCCUCGACCUCACUUUGGGGUAGCUUGGUCUUCCCAUUCCCCAGGUCGGCCCCUGUGGGGCAGCGAGGGGCCCUGUUGGGGUCAGAGAAACCAGGAGAAGACUGACCAGACAGACACCUGCCCCCACUGCCACCUGGGGUUGCCCCUUGACACCCUGCGCUGGCAUGAGGCAAAGUGUCUCCAGUUUGAUGGGUUGGGGAGCUCAAAGGAAUAAAACAGUCAUUGUCAAACAAAAAUGCUGUUUGUAUAUUAUUUUAUAGAUAAAUAUCUUCUGUCUGAACGAGAAAAUCCCAGAAAAUCUUUAGAACUGUUAGAUUUUUGUGCUAAAAUGUUUCUAAAUGAGUAAAUAAAUAUGUA